GACUUACUACUUUGAACAAGAAGAUGAGACACAACAUUUUAUCUUCUCAAUCGAUGUCAUUUUUUCUAAUUAUCAUCUGCCUUGCCGAGUUCCCCGAAUGCCAGGAUAUCUGUAAACAACCUGAAUGGACGACCUUGGAAAAUGUAACUUUUGAAAAUAAUUAUUAUCGAUAUUCUCAGCAUUAUAUGUAUUUGCAGAGAAUCAGUAUUGAUCCGUUUUAUUCACUUACGAGUGUAAGUUUGGAUAAAUACACUCAUCCUUUCACAGUAAAACCGCAACUGUCGUUUAAAUAUUACAGUAGUCAGGUCGAAUAUCUCACUAUUGCUCCUGGUAAGUCAAUAAUUUUCUUUGAGCUCGAAUUAUAACUUAAUUUUCUUCAUAACAUUUUUGUCCAUGAAUCCAAGCUGAUUCCAUUUCUUUAUUGAAUUAGUUUUAUACUCCUAGAGACAUGCAAUAAUUCUUUGGAUAUCCUUUCUUCUUCAAAUUGUGUCGAUAAUGUGAUGCUUUAUAGCAAUCCAGAUGCAGUUCAUGCAAUUCAUUUAAGUCUUCAGUUUAUUACAUUCAAUGAUAAAUAAUCAAUCAUGUUUCAUGUUUUCAAUAAAUAAAUACAGAUGGCAUAGGUAUGCACGGAGACGGAUACCUCGGAUAUAUUGAACCUUUUAUACCAACCAAAAUAAAUCCUGUAGUUCGGAUUUUGGAUACGAGUGAGUUCUUGUAUUAUUCAGUUAUAAUUUGUUUCGUUACUUAUUCCUACACUUAACUUUGCACACAUUAUUCUCUAUUUUACUUGACUAUUACACAAGAGCUUAUCAACACACGAUGAUUGUUUUGUUUGUGUGAUUGUCGUGCCAGAACAUGUGUGUUUCACAACACCUUUUGAUUACCAUCAUGUGAUAAUAUUAAACAAAACAGAGAUUCACCUCAACAUACAAACACAUUGGAAGAGUAGAAAUGACAAAACAAGUGAUGUUAUUGUACGAGUGCUAAUUACCAACUCUACAGUCUAUCAAGACUACAAGAUAGUAGAUAUCGACAUCGACACGAUACGUCUUUGUAGACUAAAUUAACCGGACUUAUCACAUGUGCGAGAAUAAGCGAUAUUGUGAGAGACGUCAUUUUGAAUUAUUGAAAUCUAUGAACUAUCAAGUCAUAUUUCAUUUCUUCCAAUACUUUUCUGGCAUUUACUGUUUGCUUUUGCAUUUGCUGUUUGUUUAUCAUCGAGUUUUGGACUCGAUCUUUGCAAUCACAUUCGUACUAUUACCGAAUUUCAAUACAGGCACUUCUUGAAACAGCUGAGCAAUGAAAGAUUAAUAAUAUUCUGUUAUCAUAAGAUGGUUAACUCGAACUAGAACACCUAGAACAACAAGGUUGAAAACAUCCGUUUUUGAUGAGUUAUCAGAACUGAUUAAUAACAGAAUCCCAGAAAAUGUUAUUAUAUGGGUAUUGUCAGUUAGAUAUUAUUAGUAUGUACCACAGUCUAAAUCUCCUAGAACAGAUGCUACGGAAGUAAAACAUUCUUCUUAGUUGGAUGGAUUGAGACAUUUAUCAUACGGAUGAAGGUGAUAAUAUUUCUUGAACUUUCCUCAUGAGAGGUACUUGAGUAUUUGACUAUAUCGGUUCAAUGAAUCUCAGAAUGAAGAUCAUAACUUGCAUGAACAUGUAGUCCGUGUUAAAUCUUUCAUUUAAUGAAAGUGAUAUAUAUUCGUUAUGCACAUAUUUAAACAUCCAUUUUUAUUUUCAUCAUUUCAGAAAAAUUAUUUGCUGUCAGAUGGUUUAUGAAUAAAGAAAUUGAUGGUAGACGUAAGUCAACACAUGUGGAAUUUAAACACUUACAUCUUCAUUCCAUAUGAUUAUUCAUAGGUUGUCAGAUUCAAUUUGUCUCAGAAACUGAAAAUGUAGGAAUUUGUCACUUUUCAGAGACAUAAGGGUAGAAUUAUUUGUGAAAUCCACUGAUCGCUUGAUGACGCUGAAUAAGAUUCGAAGAAUAGUUGAUGUGAUCUGGAAAUGACUAAGGUUGAUGAGUAAAAUAAAGAUCACUAUGGUGGAUAAAUCAGGUCACAAUCUUAUUUCAUUUGUGUGAAAACGAAUUCACAGAUUCUUUGACGUUUACAGGCUUGGAUUGAAUUUGAUGAACAGUUUCAGUUUCAAAAUAAAUGAAUCGUGUUGUAUGUUUGUCACAAAGUCAGUUCUGUACACAACACAUUCAUCUACCCAUCCAUUAAUCUCAUAGUCAUUCCUAAAUAUUAUCCACCCAAAUUUUAAAAAUAUUCGUAAUACCAUAUAUCUUAGGCUAUUCGUUUCUCAUCCACAACAAAUAAACACUAUGGUCGUAUUCAGUUGAUCGAUUGAAAUAUCACGUAAUUUGGUCAUUGUUUUCACCCAAGUUCUUAAUAUCGAUGGUUUUCUAAUUGUAGAGUUUUCACCCUAUGUAACUUGCCUAAUACAUCCGAAUGGGAGAAUAGUUUUGUAUUAUAAUAGAGUAAGUUGCACAAUCGAAUGCAAAUGUAGUUUUAUUUCAAGUACUUCAGAUUACUCAACUAUUUCAUGUUUAUGAAUACUGUCAAAUAUAUAACUAGUUACAUUGAACACGAGAGGAAUGUAGCAACAUUCUGUAAAGUGCAAACAGAAUAUUUGACACUAUUAUUCAACCUUUGAUGACACAAAUUAUUCAAGCACUUGUUAAAAACAGUAAAUGAUUAGAAGUGAAUCACCUCACUUUCAUUUAGGAGGUUGUGUGUUGAGAGAUGUUGACUCAAACUAUCAACACUUUCUUUCAGGUUACACCCGAAAUUAAAGAAAUCGAAUGGAAACCGAAAAUCGUCGGUAAAUUUGAAUGUGGAAGAAGUAAGAAACGUUCUAACGAAUGUUUUCAGCACACUGAUGUCAGGUUACUCGUAUCAUCAGUCAUCUUUUUGUGUUAUAUUACUUUCUGUUUUUACACUGGUUAUCGGCACGUCAAUACAGAACAUUCCUUUAUUCUAUCACAGUGAUCUAAUUUAGUUUUCUUACAGUUUACGUUAAAGAUCUGAUUUGCUUGUAAAAUCAACUGAUAUAAAAGUCAUUGAAGUGUUGUGGAUAAUUGUGCAAAAUGAAAUUGAUAUGCGUCUUGUAAAGGCACUGUUCAAAUGUUAUUGAAUUGUGAACCUUCAACCUUAGAUCAAUGUUUACACUCCUUGUAGGAAAAUUGAAAUAUCACAAGUGAUUGUGAAUAUUAGUGUAAGCUAAUUGUCAAAGUGUUUGACAUUCGCAACUAGGGCUUACGGACAUAGAACCACUAUUAUAAAAUGAAUUGAAAUCUAAGUUUAUAUUUAUUCAAAUCAACAACUAUCAUACUUGAUGGUGCCACAGAAAUGGUUCAAAGUGAGAUCGUUAUGGUGUCGUUUCAGUUUUCUGUGAUGAAUUUCACCGAUAAUAGAUUUCACUCUCCACAUAUGCUUAUACUCACUUAACCAGAUAUCUUGUGUAAAGGAAAUAAGUUGUAUGAAUGUAUUUACCCUCAGAGUGCGGAUGGCUAUUUUGAUGCGGCUCAAUCUUAUGGUUACCGAUUAACGCAUUCGGACGGGGACAUAUGAAUGACGAAAUUAAAGAAGUGACAUUAACACUCAUUUAUUCUUUAACUUACAGUACACAAGUCACUAUUUUAGUCCUCAGCCUCCACUCAAAAGAGUGUGUUUUGUAUGAAACAGAAUUAGACGAAUGGUACUGGUUGGACAUUGAUCGAUUUUGAUGUACUUUAAUAAGUUUUGGGCAUGCUAGAUAAUCAGCAACUUAUCUUAUAUGAGACAUUUCCCAGUUCCUAGUUUAGAUCACAAAUUAAAUGAUGCAAAUAACCUGUUAUAUUUAUAAACGAAUUCAAAACUUUAUGUGUCUUUUCUUGUUCAAUAUAUCACACAAGAUACAGUACGAUCUGAAAUAAUGACUCCUGAAACAUGGAUCGAAAGUGGCACGUUGGUGGAAUAUGAAUUUAUCGGAAGUAUGUUAAAACUUAUUUAAUCAGCAAUAACUAUCUUCACACUUGAAAACAUCAUUUUUGUUUCAACAGUUUGAACAUUCCAUGUAUAAUUAUAUUUAACUACCAAAUGAUAUCGAGCUAUCUAUCGUAAAUGACGUCUCACUUACCAUUAACAACAACACAUCGAUUCUUUUGCUGAAUGAUCAAAAGGAUUCAAAAUCCAAUUUGAAUCAAUACUGAAGUCUUCACUUUGGUCAAAAAGUGACUUGACCAAAAAGCAACAAAACGAUAUAUGAGAUGAUGUUAAGUUUGAACAAGAUUAAGUGUCUGUUAGUUAAUUGCGCGUUGAUGAGAAAGUGUCCGUAUUUUCUAUUGGUACAUGUGAAAUGAAAUCUUGCUGAGGUAGUGAAUUCGCAAAAAGAAACACUUCACGUAAAUGCGAAUGCUUCGUAAACGAUUGCCUAUUUUCUGAAACCUUUGCUUUGUCAUACAUAUACGAUAAAUUGAAGGUAUGGAUAAGUCACGUUUCCAAAUUACAAUUUAUUAUAGCCAGUCUGAGAAAUAUUUACAACAUUAUAAAAAUGUUUACCUUCUCAUGAACAUGUACAUUAAGUAACUAUAAACAGAUGUUAGUUCACCAUGUUUAAAUCCACUGAAAUAAUAUUUUUAGUAGUGAGAGAAUCAUUCCAUGAUAUCAUAAUCAGAUCGCCGUCAAUAUUCUGCGAAUAAGAUAUUCCAUUCAUCAUCAAUGAAUCUUCACUGAUCCAACUAGUUUCAUAGAAUAACUGAUAGCACAAAGAACACAAUGCAGUUACAUACUUUGAUAUCAUCCAUCACAGUAAGUCGACUGAAAUCCCUUCAAAAAAAUCAUCAUUGAUGAUUAUAAAAACAAUGGGACUUCCUUUGUCGUUUGACUGGACUAACAUAAUUAAAACUCCAUAUUAAAUCCGAAAACAAUUGAAUUUCUUGAACUGGGUUCAUUCAUAAAACUCAUAUCAUCUAAAUAAACUGUACAACAACGAAAAAUUCAAUGUAAUGUGCACUGCUGAGUCCACUGACAGCAUCGUGCGUACAUGUCUGAAUGUAAACAGUUAUUGAAAUCCAUCGUUCAUACUUGACAUUCGACAUAGUUUCAUUCAAUUCAAACAUGAUGUCGCGAAACAUGAUUGAAAUUGAUGACGCACUGAAUAUUGCAUUAUUCAUCGUAGUGACAAUUGUCCACUCAGUGAAAUUAUCACUUAACGCCGAAAUCAGCAUUAGAUCAUUGGGUUAUUGUUACAUGUUUUGUAAUUCACUUACCUUUUGUUUGGUCACUUGAAAUUAAAUCAUCUCAUUCUUUUCACAAACUAUUGUCCAAAAUACACUUCACCUGAAUCAUGCCAAAACCCAACAACAUUGAAUAUAACUUGCUUUUGGUGUGAUAAAUUAAAGCUAUGCAUUGAUAGUACUGACAAGGAUGCUCAUAACAUGAAAGUUAAUAAAUGCCGUGUUAAGGUUAGUAAUUCAACAUCAAGCGCUGGUGAAUUUCCGGAUACAGAAUACGACUACUGAAGAUAAUGUAGAGAAGAAAUCACUCCCGUACUUGUAUAUUGUGAUUCCUUUAGUCAUCAUUUUCUUUGUUGUAUGUGUUGGUUUUAUAAUUUGGAGAUGGCUACAUCAAAGAAAGUGAAGUAAAGGAUGAUUCUCACAAAUAUCUUAUAACUUUGUUUGAUUAUUCUUAAUUGUUUUCAUGUAGUACUUCUUUAGAACACUUUCCAUAUCAUUAUUCAUCUCAAUAGUUUGAACAAUUUCUUUGGGGAAUAAUGUACAUUCUUAUGAUUGUUAACGUAACAAAUUAUGUAAUCUUGUUGACAAAAUAUAGAAACUGGAUUUUU